AUGACAAAACAAUGUAUCUGUCAACUUUGUACAUGCGGUAAACAUCGUUGCCCACAUCGUCCAUAUGGUAUUGUUGGUAAAAGUGAUCAACCAUGUGCUGUAACUGAAUAUAAAUCAGAAUUCGUUCCACGUGAAGGUGGUGGUAUACGAGAAUCAUUUAAACCUGAUUAUACAGUACAAACAAAUACUGCACCUUUGGAUGAUGAAACAACACAUAAACAUGAUUAUAUCAAACAUCCAGUUGAUAAAGCACGUUCAUAUAAGCCUGAAGAAGUUUAUGUAAAACGUGGUGAUUUUGAUGCUUUAACAAGUUAUAAUAAGGAAUAUACACCUAAAGGUGGUGAGCGAGCAAAAUUAAUUAAACAUGAAUCACAAAAAGUCGUUUCAGCUCCAUUUGAAGGUGAUCCAACAUAUAAAGCUGAUUAUCGUAAAUGGGAACCUGCUCGAACUGAAGCAAUUCGACAUGAUGGUGGAUAUAUUGCAUCAGCAGAUCCAUUUAAAGGUGAAAGUACGUAUUCAACAGAUUAUUUAAAACAUCAAGGAGCUGCACGUCAAGCUAUACGACCUGAUAAUGCUCCAAUGCAAUCGCAAGAACCAUUCGAUGAUCGUACUGGUUAUCGAGCAGAUUAUGUUCGUCAUCCUCAACAGGAACGUUUUCAACGUGUUAGAGAAGAAUAUGCACCAAAUAAAGCAAGUUUAGAUUCAUUAACAACAAAUAAAAAAGAUUUUACACCAAAACAAGCCGAUCGAACACGUUCAAUGAAACCAGAUCAACAAGGUUAUCAAUCAAAUGCUCGUUUUGAAGAUUCAACAACAAAUAAAACUGAUUUUAAACGAUGGGAAGUUCAACCAAUUCAGACACAUAAACCAGAUGAAUAUCGACAAAAACCAGGUGAUAUGGAUUUAAAUACAAUGUAUAAUUCAGAAUUUACACCAAAACCAUUGGCUAAAGUCCAAGCUAUUAGACCGGUUGAACGACGUGCAAAUGAUGCCAAAUUUGAUGCAGGUACAACUUAUGGUGGUGAUUUUCGUAAAUGGCCUGGUGAACGAACAGCAGCUAUACGAGCACAAUCUGGUUAUGCACCACCAAAUGCACCUUUUGAAGGAAUGUCAACAUAUAAAGGUCAUUAUAUUCCUCAUCCUGGUGGUCCACAACCAUCCUUUAAACCAAGUGGUGUUGCUUAUCAAUCAUCAGCACCUUUUGAUGAUGCGACUAUGUACAGAACAGAAUAUACACACAAAGAGGUCGAACCAUGCCCAGCUGCACUUCUUGAUUCACCAAGAAGUAAUAUGGUUCUUCAUCAUCAAGAAGCAACUGGUCAUAAAUUUUAUCAUUCACAACAAGAAGCAGCUAUCGCAAACUAUCAACAACAAGUUACAGCUUAA